AAGAAAUCCAUUGAUUUAAGUUUAGCAGCUUUCCUUCAUUGUUUCUUUUCCUUUGUUGGUGGAAAGGGUUUACGAGUGUUUGCCCUCGAAUGGCUGUUACCCAUUAUUCUUCCCUUGUUCAUCAACCCUAAACAACAAAUCUCCACUUCUUUCCAAUCAUCCAGUCAUCCUUAUUAUUAAUAUAUACCAAAGUAACACCCUGUAUCUAUAUAUUGUUAAUUGUUAUCCCUUAAGUUAUAUUUGCAAAAAUAUAGAUAUAGAAAAUGAAUAUUAGUAAUAGUAGUGGUAAUAAUCAGAAAAAAAGGAACUUUCAAAUAGAGGCAUUUAAGCACAAAGUAGUGGUGGAUCCAAAGUAUGCUGAUAAAACUUGGAAGAUUUUACAACAUGCCAUUAAUGAAAUCUAUAAUCAUAAUGCCAGUGGCCUUAGCUUUGAGGAGCUUUAUAGAAAUGCCUACAAUAUGGUGUUGCACAAAUUUGGGGAAAAGCUAUACGUAGGACUUGUAUCCACCAUGACUUCGCACCUGAUGACUAUGUCAAAUUGUAUAGAGAAUGCCAACGGUGGAAUGUUUUUGGAAGAACUUAACAAUAGAUGGGAUGAUCAUAAUAAAGCACUGCAGAUGAUCCGUGACAUAUUAAUGUACAUGGACAGAACAUACGUGCCCAGUAGCCAUAAGAUACCCGUUCACGAGCUUGGCCUGAAUCUUUGGAGGGAUAAGGUCAUACAUCUUAGCGGGAUUCAGGUCCGUCUUCAAAACACUCUUCUUCAACUCAUACAUAAAGAAAGAACGGGUGAAGUUAUAAACCGAGGGCUGAUGAGAAACAUAAUAAAAAUGCUUAUGGAUUUAGGACCGUCUGUUUACCAACAGAAUUUCGAAAGACCUUUUCUAGAAGUAUCUGGAGAGUUCUAUAGGGUUGAGUCGCAGGAGUUUAUUGAGUGUUGUGUAUGUGGGGAUUAUCUACAGAAAGCAGAAAGGCGUUUAAAUGAAGAAAUAGAUAGAGUGUCACAUUACUUGGAUGCUAGAAGUGAGGUCAAGAUAACUAAUGUUGUAGAGAAAGAGAUGAUCACAAAUCACAUAACCCGAUUGGUCCACAUGGAUUCAGGAUUGGUCAACAUGCUUGUUGAUGACAAGUAUGAAGAUUUAAAUAGAAUUUAUAGUUUGUUUCAUCGUGUUCCUAACGGUCUGUCAACUAUACGGGAAGUUAUGACCUCUUAUCUACGGGAAACUGGAAAGCAUCUCGUUAGUGAUCCAGAAAAGUUGAAAGAUCCAGUGGAGUUUGUACAAUGUCUCUUAGAUAAAAAGGACAAGUAUGAUAAAAUCAUCGCUUUAGCAUUCAGCAACGAUAAAACAUUCCAAAAUGCUUUGAAUUCAUCAUUUGAAUUCUUCAUUAAUCUGAACCCCCGAUCUCCCGAAUUCAUCUCAUUGUUUGUGGAUGAUAAACUGAGAAAAGGUCUAAAGGGAGUCAGUGAGGAGGAUGUGGAGGAUGUUCUUGAUAAGGUUAUGACAUUGUUUCGGUAUUUGCAUGAGAAAGAUGUGUUUGAGAAGUACUACAAACAGCAUUUGGCAAAAAGGCUUUUAUCGGGAAAAGAUAGUUCUGAUGAUGCAGAGAGGAGCCUCGUUCUGAAGCUAAAAACCGAGUGUGGCUACCAAUUCACGUCUAAACUCGAGGGUAUGUUUACUGACAUGAAAACCUCCAAGGACACAAUUGCGGGGUUCUAUAUGAAGCAUGGUGCCGAUUUAGAAGCCGGUCCUACAUUGGCUGUCCAAGUCCUGACCACUGGUUCAUGGCCAACUCAACCUAGUACGUCAUGCAAUUUACCGGCUGAGCUCACGUCUUUAUGUGACAGAUUCAAGUCAUAUUACCUAGGGGCCCACUCAGGUCGAAGGCUAUCUUGGCAAACAAACAUGGGAACAGCUGAUGUGAAAGCAAAUUUUGGGAAGGGUCAAAAACAUGAGCUGACCGUUUCCACUUACCAGAUGUGUGUUUUGAUGCUGUUCAAUGAUACUGAUCAUCUCACCUUUAAAGAACUUGAGCAGGCUACAGAGAUCCCUUCAUUAGACUUAAAAAGGUGCCUGCAAUCGUUGGCUUGUGUUAAGGGUAAGAAUGUCCUUAAGAAAGAACCCAUGACUAAAGACAUUGGAGAAGACGAUGUGUUUUCUGUUAAUGAAAAGUUCACAAGCAAGUUUUAUAAGGUGAAAAUUGGAACCGUGAUUGCACAAAAGGAAUCUGAACCUGAGAAACACGAGACACGACAGAGGGUGGAGGAGGACCGGAAGCCCCAAAUUGAGGCUGCAAUUGUGCGAAUAAUGAAAGCCAGAAGGGUGCUGGACCAUAAUAAUAUUAUUGCAGAGGUUAUAAAGCAGUUGCAGGCUCGGUUUUUGGCGAACCCUGCUGAGAUCAAGAAACGGAUUGAGUCACUUAUUGAACGUGAUUUCUUGGAAAGGGAUGGUUCAGAUAGAAAGUUGUAUCAAUAUAUUGCUUAAAGUUAGACCUGUUGUUGGUAGUUAAGUGUCUUUUUUAACUUAUUGAACGCGGUUUCUUGGAGAGGGGUGGUUCAGAACUUCAGAUAGAAAAUUAUAUCAAAAUAUAAUGCUUAAAGUUGUACCAAUUGUUGGUAGUGAAGUUUCAUUUUUACUUUCUGCUAGUUUCAAUGGGGGCUAUGCGCUGUUCAUCAUUACGUUAGUCUCUUGCUUCUUUGUUCUUGAUGUCUAACUGAUCACUUGCCAAAUGCACAAGCCUAGCCUCAACCUGGAUCACGACCAGCCACUUGUUUAGCAAUGUCACCUUGGUCUUGGUUUGGAGUUAGAUGGGUCUCACCUUUCAAAAUAGCAGGACCGGUCUCGGACCAGCAGUCCUAACAAGCCUUGUUUCUUUUGCAUAGCAUGUUAGUGUUUUUAUCGUCGUAUUUUAGGUAAUGUGUUGUAAACUUGUAAUUGUAUAUAUUUGUUGUUAGUUCA